AUGAGUAAAUUUCGUUCGAAACUAAAGAGGAAAGAUGGCUCAAAGCGAUGGAAGAAGGGAGGUGCUUCAUCGUCCAAUCCUCAAGAAAGCAAACAUCGUACCAAGGCAAAAAGCCGGUUCUUCCAAACAAAUCUCAGUCUUGCUCCGCCGGGUGAGCCAAUUGACCAGAAAAGCAAGUUAACACUCGAAGCUGUCCUGAAACAUGAAGCCAUUCAGUCGUACGGUAGUGGAGGUACGGGCAGAUCCAAGCCACCGACAGUGAACGAUAUUGCGGCCAGUAUGAAAUCAUUCAGCAUGAAAGAUGGCGACGAUGAAACGAUGUCCGAUUCGCAGCAGGGAACGUUCAAAACCUUCCAAACGUUUGCCUCCAACUGGAGUGCUUGUUCAAAUAUGAGCUUUAAGAAACUGCUGACCAGCUUCCGUGCCGAUUCCCAGCUGCAGAAAGAUAUGCUUGCAAUACUGGCCGCCCUUACUGAGGUAAUUAAGGAGCGGUCGGGUACUCAGAGCAGCACCGAAUACUUCCUCGCUCUAAUGGAGACGAUUGAAGCGGCCAAGGAAGAUAACGAUAUCAAUGCAGCCGUUUCACUGCUAGCCAUGGGUAUCAAGUCCGUACCGCAGGCUGUGCUGCGUCACAAAUUCUCGGACACGGCACCAACGCUGCUAGCGCUGCUCGAAAGAUAUACCGAAACGGAGAACCAAGCAAUGGUCCGUAAUCUGAUCGGUUGCAUGUCGGUAUUGUUACGGGCGCAGGCCUACGAUCAGUGGAAGAUGUCUUCAACGUUGAAAUUUUUCGACGCCUUACUAGCGUUCACCACACACACCAAACCGAAACUGCGCAAAGCGGCUCACCAUGCGGUAGUAGCCGUGAUUCAUGGAAGCUGCUUUAUGCUUCCCCCCAAGCAAGAUCAAGAUGAUAGUGACAGUGCAGAACAAUCACAUAAAGCAACCCACGUUAAGCAUCACCCAGCAGGUGGUCGUGUGGCACGGUUCUGCAGUGGACAAUUUAAGCCGGAAAAUAUUGCCAACAACCAAACGGUCAUUUUGCACACGCUAGGUCUGCUGCAUAAUGCGUUGCCCGGAUUUGACAAACAGGACAUCAAGAUGGUAUCGGAGAAUCUCCUAUCGAUCAUGACUGCCACUAACGUGUUGAUUCGUGCGAAUUGCUUCCAAACCUUCCACUCACUAUUUUCGUCAAGGACGGAAAAUCUUACUCCCGUGUUGGCAGGGAAGCUACUGUCCGCGCUGUAUGAUUACCGUCCGGAUCGGUCCGAUUCGCGCCAGACCAUUGCCUGGUUGACAGUGCUCAAAGAGGGUCAUCUGUUUUUGGCCAAGUACGAUCUCGUGCUUUGCAGUACAGCUCUACCCAAGUUCGUACAGGUGUGUGCCCAAGAUUUUUGGUCCUCCGAGAAAUUGGACGUAGUAUCGGCUGCUUCCAAUGCCCUUAAGGACAUCCUGUACGAGUGCGUUCAACCAUGCUGCGUCGAUGCUGAGGAAGUAGAAAAACAUCGCGCUUCACUGGAGAAGGUACUGAAGUACGUGAUUGAUGUACUAUGUACAGCUCCGUUCGGACAUGCCUCGAAACAAGUGUUGAUCAUUUUGGCUGUAGCGUUUGAUACCACUGGAAAAUACUUUGGCGAAACACUAGCACCCGCCCUGACAACGCUCGGUGCGCGCUACGAUCCUCAGUCAUCGACACGCAUCCAAAUCGAACAUGCCGUCCUGCAGGCCGUGGGCUCCAUGGAUACCAGCUUAGUGCUGCAGUGCAUCCCACUCGCUGGAGAGGACGGAAAAAUUGAUCUUGAUCGUACAUGGAUGUUGCCGCUGUUGCGCGAAGGUCUACAGAACUCGAGCUUCGAACUGUUCAACAACGUCAUUUUGAAACUCGCCUACCAAUGCUACAUGUUGUGGCAAAAGUUCAAAGAAUCGGACAAUAAGCAUCAAGCACACAUCUUCGAGUUGCUGUGCUGUCAGCUUUGGGGUCUAUUUCCCGGGUUCUGUCGCAAACCGAAGGAUGUGUCCAACUUCCGGCUUAUUGCGAAAACGCUCGGUAUGGUGCUGAACGAAAAUCCCGAUCUUCGGUCUCCUAUAUUGGACGGAUUGAAGGAGCUUAUAACACACCUCGAGACGCCCACCGAUCGGGAAGAAAUUGGUCGGUUUGCGAAAAAUUUCCUGCCACGUUUGUUUAACAUCUACACCACGAAACCGAAAGGGAGUUAUGAGAAUGAAGUUCGUCAAGCCGCAUUUGAAGCGAUACAAGCGUACCUUUCCAUCACACCCGCACCCGUGUUGGAUGAAAUGUUUAACGUCGCAUUGCAGCAGCUGCAAGAGAAGGCACCGGGAACAUUUAUUUACGACACACUGUUCGAUAUUGUGGAGCAGCUGGCCCUGUACCAAACGAAGGAGAAGCUGAAUGAGAUUUAUAAGAAGUACAUCACGUUCAUAUUGAAGCAGGACAAAAAGCAGGAAACGGUCGCCAAAUCGAACGCUAACAUACGCCGUCAGAUGAAGAAAGCGUUUAAAUUGUUGCAGGAAAUUUUGAGCUCUGAAAAUGAAGGCUGUGUGGCGUUUGUUGAAGCCAAGCUGGGCAAUAUCGAAAAGCUGCUUCUGGGUACGAUGCACUUGACGUACGAUGGCAUACAGGCACCGCGUUUGGCAUGCUUGAAACUGGUAUUGGAAAAACAGUCGUCAGUUUUAUUGAAUGGCAAAUUGGUGACGCGCACAAUCUCGGAAGUAGUCGCCACGUACCACUUCGAACCCGUAAAGAAGGAAAACAUAGGUACGGAGCUGCUGGAAAAAAUCGGUGAAUUGUUCGAUAAUGAGGAAAAAAUCAACGAAUUCAUCGAGCUUAUUAUUGCUGGCUUUAUGGGCGACAGUCAGCUGGUCACCAAUACGAUUAGUGUCCUGCGUACCGUGCUGGAAAAGUUUACUGGAUCGUUAUCGAUCGAUUCACUGAAAUUUAUGCUAGAUCAGGUGCUUACCUUCCUGUUGGGUAAAGCACGAACGGAAGUCGAUGCUGCUCUACAUUUCCUGUACACUUACACGAAAAUUCUUCCGAUUCCUCUUGUGACCAAUUAUCUUUCCUUGAUCGUAAACAGUCUCUCGUUGAUGGUUCCGGACACGAAACGACACUGUCGGUUACUUUUGGGCUAUAUUUGGAAGAAAUUGUGCAAGCGGUUUGGUGCACAAGAAAUUAUACAGUUUGUACCAGGGAACGAUGAGGAAACGCACAAGCGUUUGAAGAAGAUCCGAAAGGAUUUGGGUCGAGCGAAACGCAACAAACAGGAUCGUGAAGGCAAGGAUGGUGCAGAGGUGGAGGAUGACGAUGAACCCGACAUUGCCAGCGAACUGCAGAAGAAGAGCUUAACGAUUGAAGAUAUUCUCGCGGACUCUGAUUCGGAUUCUGGUGUGGAAGAUGAACGGAAGGGUCGUGCAAAGAAGAAGGGAGUGGAUACGUACAUUAAGGAAUCGGAAGAUAACAUAGUUGAUUUGGCGGAUCUGGAUGCGAUUGGAAAAAUUACAACCAAUGAACCGAUGGAAGAAACCAGCAAGGAAUCGCGUGCCGGCCCCAGCAAACUGCGAAAGGAUGCAAACCGUGGUUUCAAAACGGCAGCCGACGGUCGGCUUAUCAUCAAGGAUAUUGAAGAUUAUUCCGAUUCUGACGAAGAUCCGGAUGAGGCUGUCGGGUAUGAAGAUAAGGCGAAAAAGCGUAUCUACGACCAAGAUGACAGCGACGAUAGUCAGGCCGAACAAGACUUUGAACCCAACGCGGAAGAUGACGGACCCUCGUCCCGGAAGCGCAAGGCUAUCGAUGCGCUCAGUGCUCGGUCCGGCAUGUCGGGCACAUCAAGUCGAUAUGUGGCCGGUGGUAAGGGUAUCCAUCGACCGACGGCUGCCUCUGUGAAGUCCGGUUACAGCAGUAAGUCGAACCGUACGGCCAAAUCGAACGCUUCCACUGGCGCUGAAUAUCGUGCAAAGAAAGCGUCCGGUGAUAUGCUUCAAAAGGGCAAGCACGAACCAUACGCUUAUGUUCCGCUAAGCCGUAACUCUCUCAAUCGAAGGAAACGAGCGAAAAAUGCGGGACAAUUUAAGAGCAUUGUAAAGGGUGCGAGAAAAGGAGCAGCUGCUGGAUCGAAGAAACGGCUACUAAAAGCUGGCACGAAACGGAAGUAA